CAAAAUACAGUGUUUAAUUAAAUUAGGAAAUUUAUGCACUCAGAUACUAUAAUAUGAACACAUGCAUGAUGACAUUCUUACUAUUAUUCUUUGCAGAAAAUUAGCAAUUAAUUAAUUUUUUUUUUUCUUACAAAAUAAAUUACAUAGAUAAGGAUAGUGAUAGCUUCCUAAGAAUCCACUGAUAUUGACUGCCUUUCUUAAAAAAAAAAAUUUAAUUUUUUUUUUGUAAUAUUUGUAUUUUAUAUCUAUAAAUAUUCAUCCUCGGCAGCAUACCAUACUCCUGUAAUAAAGCUUAGAUUCCAUUACAUUAUUGUCACCAACCUUGAACUGCCCACGUGGUUUCUUCACACUUGAUCCAUUUCUGGAUAUAUAUACACUACAGGUUGUGUUCUGUCAUUCUGCGAGUGGGCGAAUUCGUGUUAAUAUCUCAGUGUUCUUGAUAUUUUUUUUCGAUUCUCGAAAUUGUUGUUGAUAUGGAUGUCAGCUUGAACCUGGUGAAUGUGGCCUUCUGCCUCGUGUUUUCGGUUUCGAUUUUGUGGGAUGUUUUGAAGAAAAGAAGAGGAGAGGGUGGUGAUAAUCAGUUCUUGGAUAGAGUGAGUUUGUCCCUUUUCACCAAAGUUACCGUCUUGUUGAAUUUCGUAAUCAGCCUUUCGUAUUUCGGAUUCUAUCUUCGUGAGAUUUGGAUAUUCGAGACCGCUUCGACUCAGCCUAUUUUCUCGGCCGUCGCUUGGUUUUUUGCAUGCAUUCUUGCAUUUUUUUCACUGACCAGAGUGCCGAAAGAGUGGCCAUUAGUUCUUGUUAUCUGGUGGGGUUUUUCGGCCACUUUUGAUUCUGUUUUGGUCGUGUUUUUUCUCCUUCACCGUUUCGAAUUCUUAGAAAUUCCAAAGUUUCUUCCAAAAGCUAACGUAAUCGAUUUCGCUUCUCUUCCACUGUGUGUGGUGCUUUGCUUCAAUGCCAUACACAACAAUAUAGCCAAGAAAACGACCGAUUUUUCUGAGCCAUUACUUGAAACUCGAUUAGAAAAUAGUGUAGAAAAUUCGAGCGAUCCGUUUUCGAGCGCCGGAAUUUGGAGCCAGCUCACGUUCAUGUGGCUCAAUCCACUAUUUAAAAAGGGGCACUGCGAGAAACUCGAAUUGGAAGAUGUACCUCCGAUUCCUCCUUCGGAGAGCGCCGACGAAGCUUCGUCUUUGCUUGAAGAGUCCCUUCGGAGGCGGCAAAAGAACCAGACUACUUCCAUGCCAAAUGCUAUAAGUCAACGCAAUAUGGACCCCCUUUAGCCAUAAUGGCAGUUUUUGCAGGUAUUU